AUGAAGAGCCAGAAGUCAAUGAGAGAGUCAUUCUCAUCUUGGCUGUACAUUAUGGGAGUAUUUGCUGUGAGGGAAACCGAGGCAGCCCAUCACAGCCAUGAGAUGUUUUUUACUGCAGUGGGAACGACAAAGAGUCUCUUGGACUUCACCCUGGUCAGCUUUUUGGAUGAUGUCGAGAUAGCCUUCUAUAACAAAAAGCAACAGCAGUUUGUGAUCAAAGAGGCCUGGGUUUCCCAUGCUCUAGGAGCUGACUUCAUUGAAGACAUGCAGCAGAAGUUAAAGUUCAAUGAGAUUGACUAUCUUUGGGCCCUCCAGAACUGGGUAAAGGAUGAUAAGAGAGGGGAAAUGCCGCCAGAGGUGACCGUGUCCCGUUAUGAUGACCCAGAUGGCAACAUCACUCUCUCCUGCACAGCCAGAGGCUUCUAUCCUCGCUCUAUCCUGCUACACUGGGAGAAGGAUGAGCAACUGGAUGUGUGGGGACAGGAGAGUUCCAGUGGCAUCCUACCCAACACUGAUGCCACUUUCUACCUCCAAAUCACCCUGAAGCUCCAGUCAAGGGACACCGGGACAGGUUAUACCUGUGUGGUGAAGCACAAUGAGCUAGAGACUCCAGCUGUGUACCCUGUCCCUGUAAAGCCCACUAAGGUGGGGCUUUGGUAUGUGGCCCUGAGCAUCGUGGCAGUGAUCACCCUGUUACUGAGCUGUGCUCUUGCUUUCCUCAUAUGGAAGAAGAGGAAAAGAGAUUUCCUGGCAUUCCUCAGCCAGAAGUCCCAGUAG